AUGAAAAGCAAUGCUCGCAACAAGGGCUUUAGCCAAGCAAGAAUCCUUCGCAAUCAUCACAUGAUACACACGAGAGAGAAGCCUUUAAAGUGCAUGGAUUGUGACAAGCGCUUUAGUCAAGCAGGAAUUCUUCGCCGUCACAACAGGGUACAUACUGGAGAAAAGCCUUUUAAGUGUAAGGUUUGUGACAAGUCCUUUGCCCGAGUUGACACCCUUCGUCGUCACAACAGGGUACAUACGGGAGAAAAGCCUUUUAAGUGCAAGAUUUGUGACAAGCGCUUUAGUGAAGCAGGAAAUCUUCGCCGUCACAACAGGGUACAUACUGGAGAAAAGCCUUUUAAGUGUAAGGUCUGUGAUAAGUGCUUUAGCGAAGCAGGAUAUCUUCGAUAUCAUCAAAGGGUACAUACGGGAGAAAAGCCUUUUAAGUGCAAGAUUUGUGAUAAGCGCUUUAGUCAAGCAGGAAAUCUUAGCCGUCACAACAGGGUACAUACUGGAGAAAAGCCUUUUAAGUGUAAGGUUUAUGACAAUUCCUUUGGCCGAGCUAAAAGCCCUCUUCAUACUAGCAAAGUACAUUUGGGUAGAGAGUUUAGCUUCUGGAUUUGUCAGAAGUUAUUUCGUAUUGAGGACUCUCUGCAAAAGCAUUACGAUGAUCACAUGGAAAAAGCAGUUCGUACAAUAACCUAA